AGAUGGUGGUCUGUGUUCCAUAUCCUCCUCCUCUACUGUAGAUGGAAACGUUUACUGCAGUAGUAAUCUGAAGCUUCUUGUAACCUGUCUUUCUUUGUUUCAGCUUUGGUUUGCUUUCGUUAAUGGAUUCUCUGGGCAGAUUUUAUUUGAGCGAUGGUGCAUUGGUCUAUAUAAUGUGAUUUUCACAGCAUUGCCACCCUUCACUCUGGGAAUUUUUGAACGAUCGUGUACUCAAGAUAGCAUGCUUAGAUUUCCACAGCUAUACAAAAUUACUCAGAAUGCAGAUGGGUUCAACACAAGGGUUUUCUGGGGUCACUGCAUCAAUGCCCUGAUCCAUUCCAUCAUUCUCUUCUGGUUUCCACUGAAAGUACUGGAGCACGAUGCAGUAUUCACAAACGGGCAGGGAAUCGACUAUUUAUUUGUUGGGAACAUAGUUUACACUUAUGUUGUAGUCACUGUUUGCCUAAAAGCUGGCUUGGAAACAACUGCAUGGACUAGAUUCAGUCAUCUGGCCGUCUGGGGAAGCAUGCUGCUCUGGCUCGUCUUCUUCGGUGUCUACUCAGCCAUCUGGCCCACAAUCCCCAUCGCACCCGACAUGCUGGGGCAGGUCAGUAUGAAGGCUUGGUAGCACAGCCGGCCUCGGCUGCUUCUCUGCCUCAGCCAGCACAUGCACAAGAGGCUUGUAAAGGAUUGUAUGCUACUAAGAGCACUUGUACUUAACAUUUUUUUAAAGCUCUGUGCAUUCAUUUAGCUUAAUCUCCUCGUUAGAAGAACUCUUUCUCCCUGAAGAUGACAUCAUACACAAUCACAGGCACUGUCAAAUCUA